AUGAGAAUUUUCAGCGAAGUAUUAGUACAAAUUGAUCCAAAAUUAUUAUCAAAAAUCGCAGAAUUGAUGGAAAAAUUUAGUGUAAUAUUCGAUAACUUAGAAUUUUCAAAACUAUCAACUCUACAAAAUGUUAUUCCAAGUUACAAAUACAAUUGUAUGAACAUUUACGCUAUGGUACGUUAUUUAGUUCUUGACCAAAAUGGUUUAGGAGUUGAAUUAAAAAACCUUUGGGAUUUAGCAGCAAUAAUGAAAAACCCUACUAUUCAGAUUGAUGGUGCUGUUGAACAUGAUGAUCUUUCAAAAAAAGUUCUUGAUUUGUUACAAAAUGAUGAUGAUGAUAUUGUUGUUGAUGAUGAGCACAAUGAUGUGAAAUAUCCAGUACUGGCUGUUGCUAUGAAUAAGUUCGAUGUGGCUAUUGAUAGCUGA